UCUCACAUUUUCCUUGUGCUCAGCGACUCUUCCAUCCAUCCAUGGCUGCCUCCUCCUCCACAUUUCCCCUACGCUCCUCACGCGCCGUCCUAAACCCCCUCUCCCUCUCAUCCUCCCACUCCCGCCUAAGCCCCGCCGUCUCUUUCCCGCUCCGAUCACAACACCCCAAAUGGUCCUUCAACCUCCCCAAUCCCCCUCCUCGCUCCCUCAAGAUCUUCUCCGUCCGCGAAUCCAAAGCUCCGACGGUUACCGGAGACACGUGGCAGAAAUCGGUUAUCAACAGUGAGACCCCUGUGCUGGUGGAGUUUUAUGCGAGCUGGUGCGGGCCGUGCAGGAUGGUUCAUCGUGUGAUUGAUGAAAUCACGGUCGAGUAUGCAGGGAAGCUCAAGUGCUUUGUGCUUAAUGCGGAUGUGGAGUUGCAGAUCGCCGAGGAUUAUGAUAUCAAGGCUGUGCCUGUGGUUCUGUUGUUCAAGAAUGGCAAGAAGUGUGAUACCGUGGUCGGUACCAUGCCCAAGGAGUUUUAUGUCUCUGCCAUUGAGAGGGUCCUGAAGCCGUAGCUACUAUAAAGGAAUUGUGGCAAAAGUUGGUCGAAUUUCCCCCAACAUGAUACAUGUAAGUUUUCUUGAUGCCUGAAUCUUGAAAGGGUUUAUUUAUACAGGUUGUACAUAUAAAUCUUAGACAUAUGCUUUACUUCUUCAUUGCCAGCAUGCGUCUUAGUUGCGCGGCAUUACCAGUUUCUUGCUCUUCUUUGGCACUGUCAUGUUCUUUGUUGAGGCAUUGUCUGAAAUGUAUUGAUGUAUUGAAAUGAAAUUAGGUUAACUGAUGAGGACAAUUGUUUGUUUACCAUCCAAUUUGGUUGAUUUCUAUAUAUUUUGUUACCUCUUUUGGCU